AUUUCCAGAAGAAAUAAUGAGUCCAUAGGAUGGAGUUGUCAUUUUCUUGGUAAAGAGUUGGUUGUGUUGGUGGAUAGAAAGUAAAAGUUAUGGGCGAUACUCAAAAGGAAGAUACGAAUAAUAACUUGUACAACGCCAGUGUAACAGAGAAACCUAGAGUGGUUAUAUUUGGUGCUGGAGGUGUGGGUGGUUAUUUGGCUGCAAGGUUGGCAGAGUGUGGACACAGCUAUGUCCACGUCAUCGCUAGAGGACCUCACUUGAAAGCAAUUCAAGAGAAUGAUAACCGCAUCAUUUUAAAGAGUAUUGAUGGUGAUUGCAAUCCACAGUUAGAUAGUAUUGGGGAUACCGUAGAAAGUGUAUUAAAGACUGCCACAACUCCAGUAGACGCAGUGAUAUUUACUUGUAAAAUGGACCAAUUAGCUGCAGCAGCGGAAGCAGUGUUACCUUUAUUUAGUGAAAAGACCAUUGCUCUUCCUACACAGAACGGAGUGGAAGCUCCAGAAGUAUUGGCCAAAGUGGUUGGUUCACAACGAGUGGUGGGAGGUUAUGUUCAAGUAUUGGCAUAUAUAUCGACACCUGGAGUUAUUUUACAUGAAGACAUAAGUCCUACCAUUUAUGGAACGGGUAUGUUGACUGAUUCUGCUCCUUUUGUUUUGGAGCAGUUGAGGAAAUUAGAAUAUGCCUUUGUUGGUGCCAAAGAGACUCGAUUAAUUAUACAUCAGGACGUUUUACAGAAUAUGUAUAGAAAGUUGACAGUCAUGGCAGCCUAUUCCGGUGUUUGUUCAGCAGCACGUUGUAAUUUGGGCCAAUUGAGAAGUAUACCAGAAACUUUGGCUUUGGUAGAGAAUUGUAUGAAUGAAGUGGUAGAUGUUGCUAAAGCUCGAGGAAUUAUGAUUGGUAGAGAAGUCGUUCGUUCAUCUAUUGACUAUUUGGUACAUCAUGUGAAGGAUAGUGCAACACCAAGUAUGUUUCGUGAUAUUGCUGGUGGCAAACCUUCCGAAUUAGAGUGGCAAGUGGGUGCAGUUGUGAGACAAGGACAUAAAUAUGGAGUAAGUACUCCUUAUUUAAGUGCCAUUUAUGCCAUUUUAUUGCCAACUGAGAUUGCCAAUCGUAAGAAAUAUGAGCAUCGUAAAGAAAAUAUGAACGAGUGAAGAAAAUAUUUUAUAUUCGAAUAAAUCGAUUUCUUUGAAU